UUCACUCUCAAAAAAACCUUUGCCGCCCACGCGGACCCGAUCAACAUAGUUUCGCUCAGUGAUGACAGUGCCGUCCUGUUGACUGGCGCUGAUGAUGGCUACCUCAUGAUCUGGAACAUGCAGUCGGGCGAGAAGAUACAAGAGAUUCCUUGCUUCUUUCAUGGUGCAAUCAGCGCCAUCUCUUGGCUUGGCGAGGCGCUUUCAUUCGUGUUUGUGUCCUCAGAUGGAGUUUUGCACCUCUAUCGAAGGCCUGAUUUGAGUAGCAUGUUUGAGGUGUCAUCACUGACGAUUGCCCACGAUGAUACUGUCCAAGACAUCAAGUUCGACCGAAACCAUCGCCGGGUUGCGAGUGUCGGAGGAGGCUCUGCACAGGUCUGGACACUCAAUUCCAGCGGUGAGUAA